CCCUCCCGGAAAUCUACCAAAUGUGGGCAGGGCAUAGAAAAGAGGGGAAAGUAUUCAUGCGUCACUGGCUUAUGGCGAUCUUAGUCCUUUUCAAUAGACGAUCCCCCACCCCUCCGAGCAUACAUGUCCGGCUCACACGAGAUAAGUCACGGCGGUUCCUGCCGCUGUCAGUGGAGGGAGAGUCACACUUGCGAUAACCAUGAUAGAUACACCGUUAGCAAGAAGUCAAGGAUCCCCGCAAUACCUUCCCCGCCCGAUGGUCUGUUCGCCUUCGCCUUGCAGGUCUCAACGCUUGGCUCCAACCAAGUUACAUCCAAUUCAGCGAAAACACUGAAACGCCGAACCACGGCAGGUCCCCUCAGGAUUCCCUAGCGGGGAGCGGCCGAGGUCUUCUGUGGUCAUUUACAUGUGGCUGCAGGCGCGGGAUCCUUAAGUAAAUAUAGAGAUGGAGCCGGUA